AUGUUCCCGCCGGACUCUGUACACCCCCAGCCUGGAUUUACCAUGAUUGUCUCUGAUGAAAGAUCCUGGUGCAGUGGUCUCAGAGAUGAGGAAAAGAGUGACGGUAGGAAAAUUUGUCGUUAACAACACAGUUACUUUACGACUUAUUUUAGUACAAAUGUAGCGCUCAAUCACAAAUGGUCCAAUCUGAGUAGUUACGCUUCUCGCUAUCUAUUUCCGUGAUAGUCACAGAGUACAAGGGUGACCUAACAAUGUACAGUUCCAAACAAAAUACAAUGAAAGUGCCUGUCUCUAUGUUACGUUUUCAACGAGUACUAGAUAGUGGAAUGAUGAAAUCAAUCGCUUUUGAUUUCUGCCCUCACUCAAUAUCACCUGAAAGAAAUCGAGAGUGAAUAAUCUAGUCGUUAAAAAAGAAAGUUUUUUCUUCAUCAAAUUACCCGAAUUCUUUUAAUCGAUUGGUUUUGAUUAUUGUCAGCUUUAAUACCGGCGUCGUUAACUAGGGGGUUCAUUAAUUAUCGAACUUCUCUCUUUUCCUUUAGACGGAUAUUCACCUUCAUUGAGAAAAAUGGGAUCAGCUUCUCAACGAAGGAGACUGGGAACCAGAAAUAAUCUGUGCCGAGUUGCCCAAGUUUCUUCAGUUCGUUCGUCAAGUUCAAGAUUUUAUUUCCUGUAACAGCAACAAAACCGCUGAUCAAGAGUGA